AUGGCAAAGUCAAACAAGAGGCGUACGCAAGAAGCCCCUGGGAGGGUAAGUGUAGAGGCCAAAAGGGCCAGAAAGCCGAUUGUUGAAGAGUUGGCAAAAUGGCUCAUUGAUCUUCAAGCCAAAAGUCAUUCCCAUAAGGAGAUUUAUGGUGAGUUCGGAGCUAUGGUGAAGGAAAAGCAGAAUGUGUACGAAUGGUUGACCAAGGAUAUGGUGAGAAGCAAGAAGAAAAGAAUCCUUGCAGAGCAGAAGAAGAAGGCAACCGCCACAGGAAGUCAACAGGAGGAGCACGCCAAGGAAGUGGGCCGCAGAAAGGGGUCAACCAAGGAAGCUGCCAAGGAUUUGUCGCAGAAAAAAGUGAAGGCAAAAGUGAUGCUUCAAGAACGCUAUGCUACAGCCAAGGCUGCAAGUGAACAAAGAGUAGCACCUGGUACCUUUGACAAAUUGCAUGAUGAGGUAUUAGAAGAGCUAGAACUUAACGGAAUCGGGUUCUCGAUUUCAAAGAACACUAUCAAGCAUAGAGUCCGGAAAAACAUUACUGCAACCAAACCAGGGCCUGUUUCCCCAGCAGCUGCAAUUGAGCCAUUGCUCCUGACUAUUAUUCAAUACAGAUUACAGGCAGGACAGCCAUUGACCCAACCGGAAACAAUUGCAUUUGCCAAUUCUCUUAUACAAGGAUCAGAAGUUGAAGAGUCGCUCAUAGACUUUCAUAGAGCUUGCGGAUCCAAACCAACCCAGACUCUGGGCAAGAGAUGGUUCAAAGGAUUUAUGAGAAGACACGAAGACAUCUUGAAAACUGGCAGAGGAAGUAAGCAGGACAGAGCAAGGAAGGAAUGGACAACAUAUGAGAAUGUCCAACAAAUGUAUACAUUAGUGUAUGAGCAAAUGGUGAAAGCGGGAAUCGCGGAGCAGUUACCGGAAAGUGAACACUAUUGGGUUGACAAAGAGGGGCAGAUUGUUGAUUCUGAGGACAAGGCGGCUGGCCACAAGUGCACCAUCAGGCUCACACAUCCUGAGUAUUUGUUGUUUGGAGACGAAGUGGGAACGGAUACUGCCCAGGACCAAGAUGGGCACAAUGGUGGUGAGACGUACAUCAAAUUUGCGGAUGGUACAAAGGUAGAACUGCUGAGUACAAAAGCAACUGGUCGGUUCACUGUGAUGGGUCUGACUGCUGCAUCUGGAGAUCCAGUGAUGUGUAUUGUCAUUAUUGCUGGCAAAGAAUUGGGUGUUCAAGAUUACAUGGGAUUUGACCACCAGGCAGAAUCACCAUAUGACGGGAGCAAGACCCUGGAAGAGAACGCUGGUCCUGGAAUGGCGCUUCCAGAAGCUCCAGAAUGUGUCUUCAGAGGAAAGAAAGUGCCUGGGAUGAUUGCUGUGUCUCCCAAAGGAUCAAUGACUUCCGACAUUCUCAAGAAAGCACUGAAGACACUAGAUGAUCUUGGCGUCUAUCCACGGACACUAAACGGACCAACGCCAAUGUGUCUCUUUGACGGUCAUGACAGCCGCCUUCAAAUCCCCUUCCUUGAAUACAUCAACAGUUAUGAUCCGUUUGGAAAACCCAUGUGGAGAGUGUGCAUCGGACUGCCAAACGGUACUGCAAAAUGGCAGGUCGGUGAUUCGGUACAGCAAAACGGAUCAUUCAAAAUGGCAAUGACAAGAGAGAAAAGGACAUUGGUCGCUCACAAGAACAGGUACAUGUUUGCAAGCAUUGACAUCAAGCAUUCGGAUAGUGAACCAGCCUAG